AUGGCUCAGGCAAGGAUGGCGAAAGCAGCGGCAGCCCGGGCCCAUGAGAAACAGCUGCGGAACGAAGAAGACUUUUGUCGCCAGCGAAAUAGGCUGAAGGAGAUAGCUGCUCUUCUCGAAAGAGAUCGCAGGUUUUCUGAAACCGAGAGAAGAGGCGUGAGAAGGGGAAUGGAAGAAAAGCGUUCAAAAUACGCAGAAGAGAGCCGGCUGUCUGAUGCGGGGAAUCAAGGGGAGAAGGCUGACGUGGUGUCCACUGGACGAUCAGAAGAGCAGACAUACAGUCGGGAUAGCGAAGAAGGGGGACGCCGGGUCACCUCCGCAGGUGAAAGGAGCGAUGGUGAUCUGGAAGAGCUCCAGGACGCACCUGGGAAGACGAAAGAACAGACGGCUGAAGACGCUUCGAGGAGAGCGGUGGAAGACGACACGUCGCACACAGAAGAGCAGAAGACUCAACAGCGACAGCAGACACUCUCGCAGCCGGAAGUGGAUACGAGAGAGAGGGAAAACCAAUUGCGACAGCUCCAAGAGAACUGGAAAAAGUGCCAGGAAGCCAUAGGGCACGAGUUAGCCAGGCAGCUACGGAAGGUCCGACAACAUUCAGAAGAAAUCAAGGAGGACGAGGCACGGAAACACCUUAACAGCAUUCGACGAAAAUGCCUCCGAAUGAAGAAGGAGCAUCACAAACAUGAUGAACGUGCCGAGGAGGUGAGCAUUUCAGCGAGGAGGGGACGGCUGCAAACACACAUCGACCCGGACCUGCAACAAAUAGUGAAAACAUCAGCGGCAGCAGAGAGAUACCGCUGCAGGCAGGACCACGGAUCGCGAAAGGGGAAACGCCAACAGUUUCGGCGAGGUAGCCUUCGUGAGGAAGAUAUGCUUUCACAGUUGGUAUCAAGAACAAUGAAGGGAGAACUAGACCAGGCGGUUUCAGAGCUACGCCAGAGCACACUAGCAACUCAGCGAAGUAGCCGAGUCAUCGAUCACGCCCCCAGUUCUCGCCCGAAGAAGAAGAAGCUACACAUUACAACAGACGGGCUUGCAAUGCUUCGAAGCGCUGCUGUUACCCAGGUGCAGCUAGAUAUGGAUGAGGCAUAUGAGCGAGACGCGUUUCAUCGUGGCUACAUUGGCACUUUGUGGAUAUGGAUUGAUUUGGUCAAAGGCGUGAACCCCCUCCGUCUGUCUUUCGGAGACACGUUAUUUGUUGUCGUCCGAUGUCCUACCCAGGAGCAUCAAUGGCAAAAGUGGCAGUCUGGGUAUACUGCGAACUUCGGCUGGGACGAGAGCUGCACCUUCCGUAUUAGAUACAAACGAUACCCUAAUGAUCGGUUUCUGAGACUUGAACUCUGGAAGAAGGACUCCCGGCAUCAAGGCAGGCGCUUCCUGGGCGAAGCACAGGUUCCAUUUCCAGGUUUUGAGACUCGAUGGGAUGGUUACGUUCAGCUAUGCUGGAAUACCCUUCUUGGGGGAGACCGCAUCGACUUGGAUUGCGGCCAACUGCACUUGGGUUUAAAAUUCUCCCUAUCUGAGAGUCGACAAGGCAGACAUCCACAGAGGACCGACCGUGGUAUGCAGGAGCGAAAAUCCGGCAGCCGACAUGGCCGCAAACAGGUGGCCUCGAAGGGAGAUAUACCGAGAGCGGGAAUUGCUGAUGAGGCAGUGCAGGUGGACUGCGCAACGCUCGGCCUUGUAGAGCAGCCUGACGCACGGCCAUCUGUGGUACCACCACGAGAAAUGGCUGAUGAAUCUGUACAGGUGGACUAUAAGUCCCUCAUGAUUUCCAGUGAACCUCUUAGAGAGCCGUCGUGCCCACCUGCAGUUCCCCUGGCAGACGACAGUGUACAAGUAGAGUCUCCGCAUCUCGCUGAGGAGGUCCCUUCUUUAUCACACGAGAAAGGUUCAAAUAGGGGCACCUCGUGCACGUACAAUGCGCCUUUCCCUAUGAUGACGGAGGAAGAGUUGGACGUAAUGGUGCCGGCUGCGUUGGCGCAGAUGGACGAGUAUGCCAAGGGUACUGAGUGUCUGAGUUGGGAGAUGGUCGUAGAUGUGGACAACCGUGUUUUGGCAAGCAACAUAUGCUUUCAAGGCUGCCGCCUUACCUGUUCCAAUAGAUUAUGCGGCCGAACGGUGAGGAACCAGGACUUACGGGAUCUUUUUGAAGAAGAGGAAUUUCGAGCGUGGGGUCUAUGUUCAGUGUGCCAGCGUGCCAUUUUCCAUACUGUGUGCCCGUGCAAGCCACCGAAGACUGUUGUGAUUGGGAAGGCACACGGGAAGCCGUACAGUGAGCUCAGAUUGUACAGUUCCGUGCCUGUUGCUUUUCCGGACUUCACAGUCGUGUGGCCCUCCACAGGGCAUCUCUUUAUUGCCCAGGGGUUUAGCCGUUUCGAAUUGCAAGAAAGGAUUCGGAGAUGCUCAACCGAAACUGAGCUCAAAGCCGUCUUGAACGCUCCUCUGCUCCGCUACUUUCUCAGAAACGACUGGAAAUCGUUCAUGAAUCACGCACUACGGAUGUGUUUGAAUUUGAAGGUGGACCAGCACCCGCGGCUGCAGCUGCUAUUAUCUGCAACGGGGGAGAGUCCGAUUUGUUGUUUCGAUCAUGCAGACGCCUUUGACAUUGUCGCUGGUGAGAUUUGCGGCCACGCGACCGCAGUCGGAGAGAUUCUAAUGGAUAAACGCAGUGAGUUUCAAUGA